GACGCUCUUAGCAACAAGCUAAGAAACCCCACAUCUAUGCGUGAGUGUAGCCAACGGGACAGAGCAGCAGAGAUCCAAAACACUCAGACCUUUCGAGGACGAGCUUUGUUUCGUAUGUCGACAAGGGUUCGGGGGGAUUAUGAGUUAAAACUCCCCCCACCCCUCGUUUUCUAAUAAAAGCAAGUUAGGCUCGCGCUAUCCGGAAAAGAGUAAGCGCUAGCCUAAGCUUUAGCUGGUCGUUGGAUCGUGCGCUUUGGCUGGGAUGACUCUUGUGAUCAAACAAACAACACGAUAUUCCAGAGGAGGAACGAGCGGAGAUCCACAUUGGUUUAGUGCUCGGACUCAAUGUAAUUGUGGUUUAGGGAGAGAGUUUAUAUUUCUGCUUUGAUUCUCGCAGAAAGAAACGCUUGUUGCAACUUUGAGUCUUCAUCAUCGACGAGGAAGACAGUGGAAGCCCGACCUUUCCUCACUUACCAUUACCUUCUUUUGUCUAAAGUUUGUUUGUUUCAUUUGUAGAAUGGAAGUGUAGAUGUCUACCAAGAUUGCAAUACAGGUGGUCAAACCGAUAAGCCAGACGAAAACAUCUUAAAGGGGAUCAUGCCUCAACCCUGCAACACUGUGAAGUUGUUGUCAGUUUCUUUGGACAUUUGUAAAGCUUCUCAUCGGAUACAAGACUGUUGAUAUCCCACAAGUGUUUUCAAACCCAAACGACGUUUUCCCCAUCAAGCAUGCGUUAUUGUUUUGGAUGGAUCUAGUACAAAUAUUUUUCAGAGGAAAAAGAAGAGUUUGAUGUUGACUGCGUCCAAUCAUGAUGAUAUUGAGCAGAAAACCAGAUGGCCCCAUAACUGCAGCUCGCCACGGGGAUGGUCUGUAUGACUCCUACAUGCGAACCGAUCAUGUUGUGAAUCAGGAUGCUGAUGUGAAUGGACAGAGUCCCUCCGGACUGCCUCCCCUCCCCAAACACACGGGUGUCAACAAGCCUACAGUGAAAGAUCUAGGGACCCGAGGAGGGCAAUUGAAGGUGAAGUACGUUUACGAAGACACAUACAACCGCAAAAUCAAUGGCACAAGUCAGGUACCCAUCAAGCCUCAAUCUGCGAUCACCAAAGAGAGAAGUGUGGAGAGCAACAUCUCUGUGAAAUCCUCAGAGAGCUCAACAAAAAUCCCAAAGCUGGCCACCCCGAUGACCACGGAACAAGCCCUGAAGCAAUACAGGCAACAGUUGACUACACUGGAGCAGCAGGAGAUCCACAGCUAUCCGGAGAUCUACUUCGUGGGACCAAACGCCAAAAAAAAGCAAGCCGUUGCAGGAGGCACCAACAACUGCGGAUACGACGAUGACCAGGGAGGUUACAUCCACGUACCUCACGACCACCUCGCCUAUCGCUACGAGUUCCUCAAGGUGAUCGGCAAAGGUAGUUUCGGGCAGGUGGCGAAGGUUUACGACCACAAGUUACAGCAGCACCUCGCCCUGAAGAUGGUGCGCAAUGAGAAGCGCUUUCAUCGGCAAGCUGCUGAGGAGAUCCGAAUUCUGGAGCACCUGAAGAAGCAAGACAAGACGGGCAGCAUGAACGUUGUCCACAUGUUGGAGAACUUCACCUUCCGUAACCACAUAUGCAUGACCUUCGAGCUGCUCAGUAUGAACUUGUACGAGCUCAUUAAACGCAACAAGUUCCAAGGGUUCAGUCUGCCGCUGGUACGCAAGUUUGCACACUCUAUCCUCCAAUGCCUGGAGGCUCUCCAUCGCCAUAAGAUCAUCCACUGUGACCUAAAACCGGAGAAUAUUUUACUCAAGCAACAAGGCAGGAGCGGCAUCAAGGUCAUUGACUUCGGCUCUAGCUGUUUUGAUCACCAACGCAUCUACACUUACAUCCAAUCCCGUUUUUACCGCGCACCCGAAGUCAUCUUGGGCUCCCGGUAUGGGAUGCCUAUAGACAUGUGGAGCUUCGGUUGCAUUCUGGCCGAGCUUCUUACCGGAUACCCUCUGUUUCCUGGGGAAGAUGAGGGCGACCAGCUCGCCUGCAUGAUGGAGUUACUGGGUAUGCCUCCUCAGAAACAGCUGGAACAAGCCAAGCGUGCCAAGAACUUCAUCAGCUCCAAAGGCCACCCUCGAUAUUGCACAGUGAGCGCACUCAGCAACGGCACGGUGGUGCUCAAAGGGAGCCGCUCUCGGCGAGGAAAAAUGCGAGGUCCCCCGGGUAGCAAGGAGUGGGUGACGGCUCUCAAAGGCUGCGAUGACCCAACGUUCAUUGACUUUCUGAAGAAGUGUUUGGAUUGGGACACUACUACACGAAUGACGCCGGUUCAGGCUUUAAGACACCCAUGGCUCUACAAGAGAUUGCCCAAGCCUGUACCCGGUGGAGAAAAGUCGAUGGUGCCCAAACGCAUCACAGAGCACAGCACCUCUUUACCUACCAUUAUCUCCAAGGUACCGCCUGUCAUGGGCCCAACCAAUAACAAACUGCGGACCACCAUGAUGGGGGACUCCAGUGGAAGUAUACCCUUACGUACAGUGCUGCCGAAACUCGUUUCAUAGAGAUUCCUUAGCUUUCAGGGAUAUUUGUAGCAGUUUUAGAAGUGGAUUUUUUGAGUGUCAAAACGGUUUUGACUUAAAAAUUUUAAUGAAGUGUAACAUACGAAAAAAACAAUUUUAUACAACAUGUUAUACUGUGUUUUUAUCAGAUGGGCUUUGGUAAGUUGUGCGAAAUUUCAAGUUGUUAUCAGGGCUAUUUUUUUUACCGUGGUUUGGAAAAGAGUGCUUUUAAAUGAGGUGGGUGAAAUUUGGAUGCUGACUGCUAAUAGUUCUUUCUGAAGUUUGCACUACUUCUGCUGAGAAACACUUAACUUGCAUCUCAAAGGGCUGUUUUCUGUCUCAUUCUUAAAAUGUUUGAAAAGCUUUGAGUGAAUUCUUAAAAAUUUAGUUCUCGCUGUAAUACUGAAUUAAAACACAGAGGAAUCGAGAGUUCAUAAUCCCAAAUAUGUCCCAUAGUUGAUGCUGAUAUUUCUCCCCACAACACGUGUGUCCCUAGAAUACGAUUAAAGAAAGUUAGACAAGUUUGUGAGCGGUAGAGUUGUGUGUUACAGUUACCUGUCACCUGUCAAGACUACAAUCCUAUCCGGGGGGGGGCAUUAGAAACGACGGGGGCUGUUUCGCAGGUGUUGCAGGAGAGUUUUUAUCAGUGCUAUAUUGAAAGAUGGUGGUCAGGUUUCACUUAAAGGCUAUGGGCGGUAUCUCAUAUUUGCCUGUAUGGUGAACAGCGUGUUUCCCAAAGCUGGUCGGGUGGAAGGGAAUUGCACAUUGGUAAUAUUGUCAAUGACUGUGUGUUGUUUGCUCCGGGCAGUGACAGAUGCUGAACAAAUUGGUGUGAAACGUGUGUCGGAGUGAACUUCAUACACAUGUUCAGUGUGUUUACAGGGACUCCCUCGGUCUUUUAAACCUCAACCAUGAGCACAUUUGUAUUGUCUUGUUUAGCCUGCAGCAACUACAGUAAUCACUAUAUAUACAGAGUCGGGGAGGGUGAGGAAAAACGACACGACCAAAGUGCAAACAAAAAGCCGUUCCCAUCCCCCAGAGCGUAGCAUCAGGAUACAGAGAGUGAAACUGAUGUUGUGUGGUCUGGUGUAUCUCUGCAGAGUGGUCUCCUUUCUUUCGCUAUCACUCUUUCUCAGUCCUUUAGGUUUACACGAGAAUCCUAUUUUGUAUACAGUCGAGCACGCAGCACGUUCACCCACCUCUUGUGCGAUCCGGUCUGCACUUUGAGUAUUUCUUAUUAAAGGGCCUCUGACAGUCUGUUUGUAAGAAAGAUAUAUGCAUUUGGAAAGGGUUUUGGUCAUCUAAUGUAAGCAUGUUUAUUGACACUGCCUCACUUUUUCUAGCUGUGAAUUGAACACUGAAUGCUUUGAAACUAAUAGUUGGUAAGACACUAAUCUGCUAAAGGACUGUGAUAAUGCAAGGUGCUUAACCCAGUGGCACUAACAGGUGUAUGCAAAGUCUCUGUGUGCUACCUGGACCAAGGUUGGAAACAAGGAAAUGUCUUCGAAAACAACACAAUAUUGUUUUACUUAUACCUGCAAUACGGCAACAAUCAACUAGCUUCUUUCUCAGGUCUUAACCUCAUUGUGUGUUUUUAGCUUUAGAAACAUUGGUGCUUCAAAUUACAUCACAAUUUUCGGUCCUCCAUAAAAAAAUUCCGAUCAUAAUCAUUUUGGGGUUCACUCUUCGAGGUUGCAGUGGUUCAGCUUGGAAUGCAUAAGGAAAUAUUUCAGUUAUUGGAAAGUAUCCAGGCAAAUGUGGUUUCAAAAAUGUUGUUUGUCUACCUCCUUCCACUAAAGCUUGUGAAAAUCUUUUUUCUCUGUUCGUCUCUCUCGAGAGAUCACUACCGCACAAAUAACAGCGUCUCGCUUCUGUAUCCCUGCCUGUUUUCAUUAGCAUGAAUUUUUCACCAAAGCACCCGCUCACGUGGCUAUCUCUCUCUAAAGUUCGUCUCUGUGUGUGGAAAUCCAUUUCUGUGCCUUUAAUUCAACACUUGACUAAAUCAUCAAGGCUCAGCACGGGAUGGCUAAUGUUUCUCCUCCAGAAUAAUGGUCAGGUUUUUGUACUACUAUUAUUUCACCCUUUUAUAGAGUUUUUACUGUUCAUGUUUUUAAAAAAGAGGUAAUGGUGUAUUUUUUCUGUGAUGGUGUUUGUCUGACUGUUGGCCAUGUGCUCCAGAGCAUGAUAAUCACAGAAAGCAUAAAAAUAUGUGAUAAAAAGGAGUAAAGGACAAGACUUUCGUAAUGAUGGUGUGUGUAAGUAAACAAAUGAGCUUGUAUUAGUUUCUUUAAAAAAAAAAAAAGAAAUAAAAUGGAUAAAUACCUAUUUUAAAGUUUGAAACUUGUCUUUUUUCUGUCUUGUGCCGUUUUGUGGACAUGUGCACUUUGAAAUUACUUCAGGAAAUGUAAACCAUUAUGGUUGAGUGUAAUUCCAGCCCUUCAAAGGCAAAUCAGUAGGUUUUUCUUGAGAAUCAUGUAUUUAAAUGGAUAAUUCACCCCAAAAUGUUAUAUUCUAACUAAAGGUGUUUUGAGAAAUGUCUCAGUGGUUUAGUGUCUAUGGAUGUCAAUGGUGGCCAAUGUUUUUUGGUUACAAACUUUCUUCAAAAUAUCUUCUUUGGUGUUCUGCAGAAUGAUAAAAUAAUUUAAUUUUGACAUGUUUGCUGUUUUCAUGCUUCAUUUGUAUUUCAUCACAAAAAUAUGCAUAACAUCCAGAAGGCAUACAUUUGUAUGUGAUAACUGUACAGUAUGGCUAAAAAAUCCUUUCAUGUUGUUUUUUGACUGCCCCAAAGGUAUGUCCAUUUCAUCAGUGUGUGAUUGAAUAUGACUCCAUAUAUGAACAUUGUGUGCCAGAAGUCAAACCAAAUCAGACAGCCAAUGUGACUUGUGAGUAUAAUCCAUUUCAUGUGGAUUUGGUUAUGCUGUUUCAAUAGCUGUUUUGAGGCUCUUAAUGAUUUAGACUGCGCUUUCCAGGCAAUAUUGGCAUGGCUGAAUGUUUAGACUGGGGAUAUCCCAGUAGAUUGAACAAUAAAACAAUAGACUGUUGGACGUGGAGUCUUUUGGA